UAUUGCCUGUUUGUACACACAGACACACACAACACACACACUCAGCACCCCCCAAAAAAACCCCACUCCUUCAUUGGACUCAUCUACAGCAAUCUUUUCAGCAUAGGUUAGCAGACAAUCACUCGUAUCCAAGCAGCAGAAGAAACAGAUGUGAAGAUCUCACGUGCUUUAACGCCUGAUGGAUCCAAAGUUUGCAGAAUUCCACAAAAACGACGCAACUUGAAAAACCUGGAUAGGGAUUUUUGAAUAUUGGUGCAAAUCUGUACAAAACAUGGAUAGAGGAAUUCAUUUUUUCAGCAUUUGAUGUCGGGGGGAAAUGCAAAAGAUGGCUUCCCAACCAACACACACCAUUUCAUCUGUGAACCUAACAUCCGCAUUGACCACAAGUCCCCAAAACAAAAGCAUGGUGGAUGAAGAAGCUCACCACACGCUUCUAACCAUCAUCUACACCCUGGUUCUGCUGAUUGGCGCCACUGGCCUGAGUGUCAUGAUCCUCAUAAUGAAGUCCAGGACAUUAUCUGCCACCUCCAUCGCUGUUCUCAACCUCAUCUUCGCACACUUCCUUUUCCUUCUCACUGUGCCCUUCAGGAUCUAUUACCACACGGCUCAGCGCUGGACCCUCAGCUUGGGCUUGUGCCGAUUGGUUAGCAGCAUGGUCCACGUUCACAUGUACAUUACAUUUGGCAUCUACGUUGUAAUCCUCGUCACACGCCUUCUGGUAUUUUACGGCAAGGCCGAGCAGUGGAUGUCUUUGCCAAAAAUUUACGCGAAAGCUCUCAGCGUCUUAGUAUGGUUGAUCGUGUUAGUCAUAGUUAGCUGCGUAAUCCAUUUUUCUUACGGCCAAUCCGACGGUGACAGUAGACCCCCCGAGAGUCAUUUUCAGUGUUUUAGAUUUGGCAUAAACAUCCAAUCGGUCAAGGUGAUCAACUACAUCAUCAGUAUGGUGUUCAUAACGGUAUCCAUAGUGCUGAUGGGCUUCCAAGCCAAUGUUUUGUUGCUUUUAUACAGGAAGCAUCAGCAGCGAUGGACGUCGCAACAAGACUUCGGGGCUCAGUUGAAGAGCCUCGCCUUCGCCAUCAUCAUGGCCGUAUGCUUUAUUCCGUACCAUAUAUUCCGACUCUAUUACUUGGAACACGUUGAACUGCAGAAUCUCAACGAGGUCUUUUUGAGCUUGACCACCUUUAACUGCGUAGACAUGCUCACCCUUUUGGGGAGGAGGACUUGCUCAUUGUGUUUCCCUGGAAAAGCUAUUUAAUCAACUCGCCUGAUGACUCUUGUCAUUUUCUGGUGGUGUUAAAAAUCCUACAUGAGCGUCAAGCGAAUGAAUUAGGUAUCCCUUCUGUUUAAUUCAUCUUACCGUAUUUUCCGCCCUAUAAGGCGCACCUAAAAACCUAAAAUUUUCUCAAAAACCAACAGUGCGCCUUAUAGUCCGGUGCGCCUUAUAUAUGGACCAAAUUCCUAAAUUUAAACUGGCCCGAAGCAUUGUGUCAUGAAAUCAAUCAUAAGUGGCCCGCUGAAGACUAUGAAUCAUGACUCAAAAAGACUAUGGAUCAUUAUUUUAUGAUUAUAAGAUAAGAUAAGAUAAGAUAAUCCUUUAUUAUUCCCUCAAUGGGGAAACUCCUAUGUUAGCAGCAGUACACGUAACAUAUACACACACACACGCAUGCGGGGAAGGGGGUAAAAGAUUUAAGUAGAAGGUAUAUAUAAUUAAAACUAAAUAAAGUAAUUUGUUCCGUCUGAAGUUGAAAUAAAAAAGAUAAAAUGGAGAAUGAUUUGAUUUGGAUUAAAAAUCUGACAUGAUGCAUUAAUGGUGCGCCUUAUAGUCCGGUGCGCCUUAUAUAAGGAUAAAGUUUUAAAAUGGGCCAUUCAUUGAAGGUGCGCCUUAUAGUCCGGUGCGCCUUAUAGGCCGGAAAAUACGGUACCUUGAGUUAGACAGAAACUCACAUCAUUUGGUUUUAAUUGAAAGUAUCAGUACAAUAGAAGCAUGGUUAACUUGUCUUUACUUUGUAUGGAAGUUCAAAAUAGUGAGUCUCAGAUCUUCACACGCUUUUGACAUAAGCAGUUUGUCAAUGCUGAGUAACGCACAGAGAGAAGCCAGUGGAGAAACAUCCGUUAUUGCGGUUCUCUUUUCCUGCCUCAUACAGUGACGUGAUGUGCACGGUUUCUCAUAACCCAUUUUGAUGUGCUGUAAUGAUGAACUUGUUUUUAAGUUUGGUUUUAUUUAUUUUUGUGUACAGAACUGCUAUGUAUUUGGAAAGUCACUCACCAUAAAAUUUCAAAUUCUACAUAUUUAUACUUCCCCUUAAUUGACUUGUCACAACUCACAAAUUGUUCACUAUUAUAUCGUCUCACACUUGACUUUUGUAUGCAUAGCUAUGGAGCUUGGCGGUGUUCCUGAGCAUGACAAAUAAAUUGUUACUUUGUCACCA